AUGUCUCCUACAUUGAACAUCACCCACAUUGGCACCGCCACCGCCAUUCUCGAAAUCAACGGAUUCAACAUGCUCACUGAUCCAUUCUUCUCACCUGCUGGAUCUACGUGGCCAAUCAACGACAAAGUUUCCCUUACCGUGGAAGACGAUCCUGCUCUCCGCCUAGAGCAACUCCCUGUCAUUGAUGCUGUACUUCUGAGCCACGAAGAUCACCCCGACAAUCUGGACGAGCUGGGCCGGCGCCUUCUGGAUGGCCGCCGCGUCUUCACCACCGUUGAUGGAGCCAAGAACCUGUCUCCCCGGCCCGCGGUUCAUGGCUUAAAGCCCUGGGAAAAAAAAGACACUGUCAUCGCCGGACAGAAACUCCAGAUCACUGGCACUCCAACACAGCAUUUGCCUGGUGGUGAAUGCACUGGCUUCAUCAUCACAGGAGAAGGAUUCGGAACUGGUCGUGACGGUCUUCCCAACGCAAUCUGGUUCUCAGGCGACACUGUGUACAUCGACGAGUUGAAGAAGAUGGCGGAAGAGUAUCAUAUUUGCGCUGCCGUCCUCAACCUAGGCAACGCACAUGCCCCUGCCAAUCUUGAGGACCCUAAUGAUGGACUGAUGCAGAUUACCAUGGAUGGCAAAUCGGGUGCCCGGUUGUUCCGUGAAAUCAAAGCAGACGUUCUGGUCCCUAUGCAUUAUGAGUCGUGGGGCCAUUUCACGCAGUUCGGGAAGGAGCUGGCGGAAGAUUUUGAGAGUGAGGGCGUUAUGGAUAAGGUGUGUUGGCUGAAACCAGGAGAGGCAGUGUCUGUUUUGUAG